AUGGUAUUACGGCCAAAAGAUUAUGAAAAAUUGGAGAUAGACUGUUUUGAUACAGGAAAAAAUUAUGCUGAGGGUGAUAUUUCCGAUUCUAAAUCCGAGUCUAAUAAUUCUUUAGAGUUAAAACUUUCUGAUCUCAAGGCUCAAGCUUUGACAUCUCAGCCUAAGAAUAAUAACUAUAAUCCUUUCGGUUUGAAAGAAGUGCUGGCAAAAUAUGGAAUUGAUGAUAAUCGAAUCACGGUCAUACCUCAGUUCACACCAGAUAUAUAUGACGAUCUAAUCGAUAUAAUAUUUUUUUUUCUGGCUCAUUACAAAUCUUUGAUCAUAAUAGACAUCUACAAGCUCGAUGAUAAUGAUGAAGAACUUUUCCACUGUAUUAAGAAAAUAAAGCAUCGAUUGGGUAAUAUGGAAACAGUGGUUGACAGUAAUGAAGCUAUGCACUGUUCCUACAUUGAGUCAAUCUUACAUGCUAGUGUUCGUAUAGUCAUGCACCUUACCGAGAAGGGGUUACUCUUAAUUCCUCAGUUAGAAGUAUCCGGUGGUAAAAGUCAUGGCUGUGUCGACUAUGUGGUUAAGAAAAUUGUAAACACCAUGGUGGAAAACAUCAUAUGCGUAACCGAGGGCAAGCAGAAUCAAGCAGGAAUUGUUGACGAGACCUUUGGAGAUUCUUAUUAUGACUAUCUCUAUGGUAUCGUUUCCACUGCUUCAGAUUGGUAUUUUCUGUUAUACAGUAGUGAAGGAAUCUGGUGCAUCAGUAAAACAGAAUAUCAUAUCUCGCUAACUGAAUCUGCUCUAGACGAUGAUACCGAUUUAUGUAAGGGGGUUAAAAGGGUGAUGGAAGUAAUCGUUGGUUUGUUAAAAGAUAGGGUAAUGAUUGAUAGUGCACCUGAUAUAAAAAGACGUCGAGUAGAAGAAAUCAAAAA